AUGUGUAGGUCAUUCUUGCGUUUCCCGCGAACGGGUGGUGCCGCAGGGCUACCCAAAGGAACGCUUUCUCUGACGGAUUUGGAUCAGUCUAGUCCUAUACUUCAGUUCAAGAAUUGGUUCUCCAUCGCAAAAGACGAGGCUUGCAUCGCAGAUCCGGAGGUCUGCACGCUGUCGACUGCGCACCUCCCCUCUGGCCGCAUAUCUUCACGUGUCGUACAACUCAAGGGCAUCAGUGACGAGGGCGAAUUCGUCUUCUUCUCGAACUUUGGAACAAGUAGAAAAGCGAUCGACUUAGCAUCAAACGAGCACGUGGCCCUGGUUUUCUACUGGGGCGCCCUGCAUCGACAGGUCCGAGUGGAGGGCAAGGGCAGGCUCUGCGAUGACGAUGAAAGGCAGCAGUACUUCUCCACGACUUUGAGACGCAGUAAGCUUUGUUCAUGGGCCAGUCCUCAGAGCGCGGUACUGCAGCCAGACGGGCAAGUGCCAGAAGAUGAUGGUAGAGCCCAGUUGGAUGCUCGUGCUGCCGAGACAGAGAAGAGGUUUGAGGAUGUAGAAGACGUCCCCAUGCCAAGUACCUGGGGUGCGUUGCGUGUUGUUCCUGAUCGAAUAGAGUUUUGGCAGGGCAGGGCAGAGAGGCUCCACGACAGAUUUGUGUAUAUACGAGAGGGUGAGGUUUGGAAGAUCGACAGACUCAGUCCGUAA